AUGCAAUCAAUCGACCCUCGAGGCAGACAAGAAGCUUCUGGAACGUCAGCAAGAGCUACGGACCCUUUUUCGAAACCCGCGGAACCUCCCUUAAUGCUACCGAACGACCCAGGCACUCGGAAUACCUUCGAAGCCCUAGACGAAGACGCGUCGGACCUCGGUUUUAACCUCGAUUCAUUACCGUAUUCGAAGCUGGAAAGUCAUACAAAGGCUAGAUUAAUUAUCGAAGACUUCUUGGACAUAAAGAAGUACGAAGAGCUUCGACGCCAAAAAGAGGCAAUUGCGCGAGACCUUAACGACUUCCGAAACUUAACAAUUACGAGGGACGCGCAAAAGCGUAAGGAGAGCAUCGAGGAGGCUAUAAGGCACAAAGAGGAGCUCAAGGCAGCAAGGCAAUCAUCAAGGCGAAGUUCCCGCGACUCAUUUCCUUCUCCCCAACCCGAGGAAGCAACGCAGUACCUUCAAACCUACCGAGGGUAUAUUCUUAAGGAAGAGAUUCGGAGAGAGGAGGACCAGGGCAAUGGAUACCGCCAAGGCCGAGCCCAAGGAUACGAGCAGAAAAAGGAGCAGGCUUUUGCUGGCAACCUUAACGACCCUGACGGCUCGGACGGUGAUCCAGAAGGAGGGAAUAGAAGGGGAAGCGAAGGGAAUGGGCACGGAGGAAGAGGAGGAGGACACGGUGGCCCGACAAAGGGACAAGGAAAUGAGCCGCUAAGGGACCUUGGACGAGGAUACGGACCCCUUGACGGACUCGAGCCAAACCGACCCUUUACGUACGGCACCCUAGGCGACCUUGACGACGACGACGAUUUUCUUGAGCUCGGAACGGCGGACCCACACUCGAGGGCGAAAGAGUUAGCUUUAUUUGCAAGGAGUUUUCUUAAGGAAUUGAAAUAUUCAAGUCUUAAGAACGACUUUAAUACUCGGCUCAAGAUUUUUGCCGACCACGCGUGCCGAUACGGGUUGACAACUGACGAUUACUUGGCUGCUUUCCUUAUUAUGCUAGCAGGGGAGGCAAUUGGGUUUUAUUACAAUUACGUAAUCAAGGCUAAGCUACCUACUUUCAAGGCAAACGCUAUUGCGAAGGAGUCAGCUUUCUUAGAUCAACAAGAACAAUCAGAAAAACAAGCAACAAUUGAGUAUUUUACCACCGAGUGUUUUGCAAUUGCAAGUACUUUGACGACGUCACGAAUUUUACGAAUAUUACGAGAGAUCGCUACCGGCGAUCCAACACUAAUACACUUAGCUACUUAUUUAGUAUAA